CCCGCUCUUUCAAGAACGUUUGCUGUCCUGCUGUGCUCACAUCCAUACAUUGAUUGCAUCGUAGCCGCCUGGCGUCGCGCCGCCGAAACCUCUUCAACACGACGCCAUCCCCGGGUGCCUUCUCACUCGGUCCGUGGCCGUUUCAUCCUUUCUCGGGCGGCCUCUUCAACCCUUCUUUCCUUGGCUUUGGCUGGCUUACACCAAAACGUCCCCCGCGAUCACCGGGGCGGCCGCCAAACAAGGCCACGCACGAAGCGUCACCCGCCGCCCGCCUCGACUGCCGCUGCAGCCCCGGCACGGAUGUAACUACAUACGCGGCGGUCGCUCAUCGCCGGCCGCGUGUUUGUACCGCCAGAAGCACGUUUUCCCGCCCCGUCCAUCGUUUCCUACGACGACCGGCCAGGCCAAGUGCUAUCCCGCCAUCCCGCCUGCCCGCCUUCUGCCCCCAAGCGCAGCACGAUGCGCAUCGAACGCCGCCUCCAAUGGGCCGCCGCCCUCCACAGCCGUUAGCCGCCGAGCCUGCUGCACGACACUGCGCCAUUGGCUGUCCCGCUGCAGCCUCGAGAUGGUGGUGUCUCUUCGCGCGCGGCAGGCCAGUAGCUGCUCUGCCACACCGUCCAUGAUCCCCUGUCGUCCCAAUUUUAGCACGACGGCCGCCGGUGUGAUUGGGUGGCUUACUGAUGCGUCGACAGCUGGUUGGGAUGCGGGCUGCCUUUUGAUUGUCAAGCUGCCACCACCAUCACGAUGGUGUCCUGCGUCGUCGCUGCGUCUGGCCCUCGACUCCUCUCCAAUGGCCGCGCCGCUCCAGUGCCCGACGCAGGCCUAGUCACCCGUUCGAGAGCGGGCAAUGCAACUUCGUCCCCAUGAUGCAUUGCCCCAUCUGGCUCAUGGCACCCGUCCAGUGACGGAUCGACCUCCUCAGCCGAUAGCCGCCACCGCGUUCGUCGCCCGUAGUGCCUUAAGAGGCUGUACUCCCCUGGCCGCCUGGGGGCCAUGACCUGCUUCCGUUCCCUCCACAUUCGAUUCUCCUCUCCCCGUUGUCGUUGCAUUGCUUAACGUUGUAGAGCUAUCUAUAGAGAUGUUUCGUUGACCGAGGCAGCCUAUUGUUUGUCCUUCGCUACGACUCUCGACGCUGGUCGUCGAACGCCGACUCGUUACACUAAUACAGUACUUUUUUUUCGUUGUCCUUUUGUUUGCGGCGGGCCUGUCCGUUGUGCCUCGUUCUGCAGUGCGAUCGAUAUCUGGAUAUCUUUUCGUUCAGGUUCAGACGCGUGCGCACAAUGGCCGACACGCUGCGGCUACAGCAAGUCAGAUACCCGACUCCGGAGUCUUCGCUGGGUCGAAGGCCCAAGAGGUCACUUAAUCCGAUAAUAGAAGAGGACAGCGACGAUGGCCAGGCGCGGCGCGCCGCCGCCAGUCAGCAGGGGAGGCGUGCAGAUACUUCGCAUCUGAAGAUAGAGGCCUGGUUGUCUCCCAUGAGCGAUCACUUCCCGACACCCCGGGGAGUGAAUUAUCUCUCCGCCCCCGUCCUGCCCUCGUCACCGUCCACCGUGUCCGGUGGUGGCAGUUCGCCCACCACUUCGUCCAACCCCUGGAACCGGGCCAGCAUCGCCACCGACAACACCGAGUUCGAGGAUCUAUAUGAUGUCUCUGAGGAGGAGCAAGACGACCUGCCGCGCGGCCUGCGACGCUCAUCCUCGGUACGGGGAAACAGGACUCAGGACAUCCGCGCCCCUUCUGCGAAGCAACCGGCUCGUCUGACUAUACCUACGGACCGCGUCGCUGCCGACGACGUCUGGUCCGCCAUGGAUGAGCUCAGGAAGAUUACUUCCCCUGUUCCGCUGACGCCGGCGACCCAGCUGCCCAUGUCGCCGGCCCAAAUGGAUUUCAUGGGCAAGCAGCAGGCCCUCGAGGUCCCGACCAUCUCGGCGCCGCCAUCGCUCGACGGCAGUCUCUCAUCGGAGCAGCUCGCCGCCAUGAGUGCACCUCCGACCCCCGUGAUUGGAGACGAGGAGACGAGUACCGAGGCGGCGUGGGCCGGCGUCCAUCUGCAGCCCGGUGCCCUGGCAACCCUUCACGCCUUGUCUAGCACGAGUGAGGAGGAUGUUCAUGAGCAGCCGUCGCAGGUCCUCGAAGUCGCCCAGACGUCGCCUCAAGCCACCACGGAGAUGCGACAGCAGCCGCUUCGAGUAAUCACGAGCCUUCGUCCGCAGGCAACCCACGGCGCUGUUCUCUCGCCCUUGCAGCGUCAGUCCCUGGCGGAGCUGACGCGGUUGGAGAUUCCGUCCCCGGGCGGCUUCUUCUCCGGUCUGUCUCCGCGAACGCGAACCACCUGGCACACGCAGGCCAAGACCCCCGAGGACCUACCGCCGCCGACCUCGACGACCGCCGAGCAGUUCUAUCGGUGCCCGUGGAACGAUGCCCCUGUGCCCCCCCUGCCAAAGCGUCCUGAUUCAGCCGAGGGCUUUUAUAGGAGCUUUGAGUUCUCGUCAUCUUCGGCCCCUGUGGAGCAAGUGGUCGAAGUCCGAAACGACGACCUUUCCGAUGGCAUUCCCACUGCUCGACCGGUCGUUCAGCACCAGGAUUCCAACUCCUCCGGCGAGACUGUCAAGCCGCCAGCGUCCCCCGCAGCUGAGGAUGCUCCAGCCGAGAUCGUCGUCGACUAUGACGCAACCUACGCCCGGAAGCAGCAAAAGGAGGCUCUCUCCAACCUCGAUCGCACCGAGCUCUGGCUCCUAGCCCAGCGAGCUUAUUUGAAGGGUGUGCAUGAUACUGAUAAUGAGAAUGCACUCAAGACUAUCGAGGAAGCUCCAGAUGAAGAGGAGGAGCAGGAGGCCAAGAAGACUCCCAAGUUUGAGCCCAAACACGGAGCGGAACCCAAGAAGAAGGUCGUGCGUUUCUCGGAUGUCAUUCCCACGACCGUGCAACCCAAGCGCCUCCCCUCCAAAUUGCUACGGCAAGAGUCGGCCUAUUACCGGGCGUUCCAGGACUACAUCGUUCGAACUCAGCUCCGCGAUGUCUUUGUCCACCAGCUCACACGUUUCGAGGCCCUGCAGGCGCAGAGGGUGGCAUUGCGAGAGACGCACCGCAAUCAACUCCUCGGCAAAUACCAACUGAGCGUCGUGCCUCAGUCCGCUAAGAAGCGCCUCAGUGCUAAUGUGGCUCGCGGCGACCAUGUCUUGACGGACGAUCCAGAGAAGCUGCGCUUAGAGAAGGAAUCUGAAGCCUCCAGCCAGAUGGCCAUGCCCACAUGGCAUGUCGCGGCCAUGAAGUUUCUCAACGGCGGACGUUUGAUAUCAGCCCCAGUGUCGAACAGGCUGGUUCGUCCGUCCUCCCUGGCAUCUGCACAGACCGGGACGCCUCGACAACGGGCGAGAAUCCUGGAUCUCGGCGGACAAUCGACUUGCGACUGGGCAUGGCACUGCGCGCUCCAGUACCCCAACGCCAAGGUCUACUCGGUCACCACGAAGGCCAUCCGCCAGCUGUCCAAUUCCAAUAUUCGCGGUCCCCCGAACCAUCGCCAGGUCGCCGUGGAGCGUCUCACCAAACUUCCUUUCUCCAACGACCAGUUUGACCUCAUCUCCGCGCGCGAGCUCCACAGCGUCCUCAAACUUGUGGGUGAGAACGGCCAGGAUGAGUGGGAGAGUUGCCUGCGAGAGUGCAUGCGGGUUCUCAAGCCUGGCGGCUACCUGGAGUUCUCGGUCCUGGACUCGGACAUGAUGAACGCCGGCCCUUUGGGGCUGGCCAAGAGCGUUGAGUUCGGCUUCGCGCUCAAGACGCUCGGAUACGACCCCAGCCCUUCAAAGAUGUGGCUCGGACGCCUUGCUCGUGCCGGGUUCGAUGAUGUUCGCCGAGUGUGGAUGUGUCUUCCCGUCGGCGCAAAGAGGCGAAUGUACCUGCCUCCCGUGCCAGCCCUCCGGGACACGAGCAGUCGAGAAGUCAAGGUCCACCAGCUGGAUGCCAUGGUCAUGGGAAGCAGCGACGACGUUGCCAGCGUGUGCAGCAUCGUCGGGGGGUGGAGCUGGGAGCGAUGGCUCCUCCGAUGCGAGAUGGAGAAGGUGGCCGGCGAGAUGAGGCUCGCCGACACGGUGACGACGGGGACGGCGAUGAAAGAGGCGGGCAGGUGCCUGGACGGUGUCCAUGCGAUCAUGGAGGAGGGAAGAGGGUGCAAGGCCGGAUUCCGCAUGCUCAACGGCUACGCGCGGAAGCCCAAGGUUGGCACUGAGACUAUCAGCAUCGCUCUGGCGAUGUGACACCUUGGAACGGCGGGUUGGUGGAUUCCUUUUGUCUCAAGGUCGCCGCGUUGGCGACGCUAACAUAGUGUCCAGGCUGUAUAUACACGUUGUGUCCAUCGAGGGUAUAUAGCCAGUUGGUACAGUAUAGUGGGCAGACAGGAGAGAUAAUAGAGUGCGCCGUGUAGUCGAGCAAAAAGAUGUAUGUACUUGACUCUUGAGUCGG